GCACUGUUUCAAGUGCAACUUUUUUUUCUUUGUAAAUGGUUCCAUUAUAGAUAAUUUAAUCUAGAUGGAAGUACUUGUGCCAUUAAGAUAGGGAUACAAUAUAUAUGAAAAUUGAGGACUCUAUAUUCAGCUGAGAGUGACCCCUGAAAUAUGAUAAGGGCAGUCGUAUGUAGGUUUAGUCUAGUCAUAAAAGACUUGACAUAUUUUCAAAACAUGAGACUUACAAAAUUUUACAUAAACUGCAAUGAAAGAAUAAAGUGAACGAAACAUAGCUUACACAUUUUAGACACUCGGAAGAACAAUAUGAAGGUUGCGUUUUGAUUUUUAUGAAAAGAUGAAAAAUGAGUCUAAUUCGUUCUUACCUGGGGAAGAAUAUUAUGAUUAUGACUUUAAUGGAACGUUUGAUAUUGAUGAAUAUCUAAAAAAGGAUAAAGAAUCAGAUUUUGAUAUUGGAAUUAAAUAUGGACUGAACAUUUUGUCGUUCAUCGUCGCUUUCAUUGGAAACCUUUGUAUAAUCAUAGUUAUACUAAAAACCAAAAGUUUGAGAACAAAAUUCAACCUAUAUAUUGUUAACUUGGCCAUCGCAGAUUUUUUAAUGCCAACGAUAUGUAUGUGGAUAUAUAUGGUAAACAGUUCUAGAGACCAAUGGCUACUGGGCAGUUUUUUGUGUAAAAUUCACACUUUCGUUCAAGUAACAAUUGUUUGCACGAGCGUAUUCACAUUAACAACUGUAACAUUGGACAGAUUUCUGGCGACAGUUUGCCCGUCGGCUGUAUGGAUCACUCAGAAAUGCCAACCGCUCGCGAUCGUGAUAAUAUGGAUUUCUGCCUUAAGCAUUGCGGUUCCUUGGAUAGUUUAUCAGUUUUACGCCGAGUUUGAUUGGAUUGGUGGUCAUGAAAUUGUUUGCCAAUCCAAAUUUCCGUCAGAACAAGCACGGAAGAAUUAUUAUGUGGCUUUUUUCACGAUUGUUUUUAUAGUUCCACUGUUUUUAAUGUUUACUUUAAUUAUAAUUACAAUCGUUAAAGGCGAUGCGGUGCCACGACAUUCAUCAACAGAAAUUGAAACCUAUCAGGAGACUCGCAGAAAGGCUGUUUAUAUGACCUUGACAGUGGUAAUAGUAUUCUGCGUGUGUUGGACUCCCCAGCAAAGUCUUCUGCUAUGGGAUGCCUGUAGAGACCACAGAGACAGAUUCAAAAAGCAGCCAGACAUCAAGAGUUUACACAACAUUACAUUGUAUAUGGCUUAUUCCAGUAGUGCCAUCAACCCUAUAAUAUAUUACCUAUAUAACAAGUGUUUCAGGCACGCUCUGUACACGCUCCUCAAGACGAGAUGUAAGGGAGAUCAUUCCGACAUGUCCAUAGCACCAGUACCUGAGCCGAUAGAGAUGAAUGUUACAGCAACAACAAAUGUGGCAACAACAGUCAACAAUAGAAAAUUAAAUGAGGGGUCGUCAACAAACGGGUUUACUACUGACUCGUCGCUCACAACGAUGUCGCUAUCAGACUAAAUAUUCGUGUUCAAAAACAUUUUAUCACAUACCCUUGAUACUUCUACGACUCAUUUGCGUAAUACAAACAUAUAGUGCGUGUUACCUUUACAGUACAUUAUACAUGUAGGCGCGUCAAUGAAAAAUGAUUCUUGUUCACUUUAAACAGUCUUUAUAUUGGGUAUGUGAUAACAAGAAUAUUAUAUUUGUGUAGGUUCAUUACUGAAUAUAUUUGACUCGUUGAUGUCCUUCAGAAGCUCGCAUAAUACAUUUUUAUUCAACUCGUUCAAUAAAUUUAGUAUUGCACUUGCACGCAUUCUCUAUAAUGAGGACAAAUUUAAAAUAGUUACAGAAACGUAACAUCAACUGAAACAAAUGUGCGUAUCCAAACUAUAGAGUGAUGCAAUAUUGUUUUCAUGCAAUAGAAUAGUCUUUACUGGCACAAAACAAGUAGAAAGAAAACGUUGCUUUUGUGAGAGGCCAGUAGAAUUUUGUAAAUUGUCAUGUUGGUGCUUUCUCUUUUUUUCAUGUACAUUUGUGUAUAAAUGUGCAUGUAAUCAUAAUUAUUAAUUUUUUGUCAAUAAAC